AUACUCAGUUCUGUAAAUAAAUAUAUCGGAAAUAGAGAAAUCAUAUUCUCCCUAUAUAAUAGUCAGUCUGGCAAAUAUAAUUACUGGAGUCUGUCUAUAAAAGUAGGAUGUACGCACGUAUUUGUUCUAGACCUUCUAGUUACGCUUAUAUGUGAAGUUGUGUCGAAACAGGAAAUUGGAUACAAAUAUCAGUAUUUACCUGUCUGCGGAGGGGAGGGUGAAAGAUGAUUUGCUAGAAGAUUGGUAACAGACUAUCGGACCAGAAAGAUGGCAGAGAACACAACAUUGGGCCUUGAGUCGGCAAUGUCACAUGACCAACUUGUCAUAAUUAAAACAUUUACCAUCGUCACUUCAAUUCUUGGAACAGCGGGAAAUACUCUUACAAUUCUAGCUAUUAUAAAAGGAAAGUUAUAUCAAAAGUCAUCAUUUAUAUUCAUCCUUAAUUUAAGUAUAUGUAAUCUAAUACAUUGUGUGAUACUGCACCCUCUGUUGGCAAUUCAGGCAUUCCACGGAAUUUGGACUUACAGAAAAUGGAGUUGCAUAGCAUUCGCUUACGGUUUAUUUUCAAAUCUUGGCACUGAACUUUGGGGUUAUACAUGUAUAACAAUAAAUCGUUACAUUUGUGUAGUAAAACAUCAUUUAUAUGCUCGGAUUUAUGGGGAUAAAAGAGUCGUCAUUGGAACUUUAGCAGUUACAUGGUUAUUUUAUCCCAUACUAUUCUUAUUCCCAUUAACAGGACUCUGGGGUAAUUUUGUGUAUGCGCCAAGAAAAUUAAUAUGUUACCCAUUUGCGGAUUACAACUGUAAUGGUUUUUGUUUAUUUAUCUACGUAAUAGCAAUUUCAAGUACUGCUCCAGUGAUACUGUUUUGUUACGGCAGUAUAAUUCAUAAAUACAUCAAAACACAGAGAAAAGUUGGACUUGGUCGUGAAAAAUCUUCUGUGAAGACCAGUAAAAAUGACUUAACAAUAGUGAAAACGGACAGUGAGAGAUCAAGAACUUUGUCGGAACUGAAAAUGGCAUUCACAAUUCUUGCGGUGAUAACAGUUUUUGCUGGAUGCCGGAUGCCAUUCAUGAUUCUAUAUCUAUAUGACCCUUCAAUGUCAAAGGUCAACCCGCUUAUUCAUACAGUGCUCAUAUAUUUCGGAUCAUGUUCAAACUGGAUAAAUCCUAUUAUUUAUUCAUUUACUAAUAAAACAAUAUUCACAUCGUUGAAAAAACUGUUCACAACCUGGAAGAAAACUUUCAUAGUUCAAACUGAAUAA